GUAUACAACUGGAUGAACUUUUUCUUACGUAUAUACCUUGUAACUGCCAACCCAAUCAAGACACUGAACGUUUCCAUCAUCCAGAAUGUUCCUUAAUGUCCCUUCCCAGUCAGUACGCCCUCACCUCAGAGGUAAGCAUUGUUGUAGCUUUUAUCACCAUAAAUUAGACUUUAGUCCAACUGUCUUGUGGAAUAUCCCACACUGUGGAUUUGUCUGCUCAUUUCUCCUCAUGGUAUUGGACACGUUCCGCUUUGCUAUGUAUUCCCCAUAAGCUGGAAGUUGAGUCUAGGCUGAAUGGCAAAACAUUUCUGGUGAGAACACAUUAUCUGUCAUGCCACCCACCUUACCGGCUCCUCUCCUCCCGCAGAUGAGCUCCCCACACAAGAACUCUGCGCCAUCAUCCCUGAAUGAGUAUGAGGUGCUGCCCAACGGCUGCGAGGCCCAUUGGGAGGUGGUGGAGCGCAUCCUGUUCAUCUACGCCAAGCUCAACCCUGGCAUCGCUUACGUGCAGGGCAUGAAUGAGAUCGUGGGGCCCCUCUAUUAUACCUUCGCCACCGACCCCAACAGCGAGUGGAAAGAGCACGCCGAGGCAGACACCUUUUUCUGCUUCACCAACCUCAUGGCUGAGAUCCGGGACAACUUCAUCAAGAGCCUGGAUGACUCACAAUGUGGUAUCACUUACAAGAUGGAAAAGGUGUACUCUACCUUGAAGGACAAGGACAUGGAACUCUACCUGAAACUGCAAGAGCAGAACAUCAAGCCCCAGUUCUUCGCCUUCCGCUGGCUGACACUGCUGCUGUCCCAGGAGUUCUUGCUGCCCGACGUCAUCCGUAUCUGGGAUUCCCUCUUCGCCGACGACAACCGUUUCGACUUCCUCCUCCUGGUCUGCUGUGCCAUGCUCAUACUGAUCCGGGAGCAGUUGCUGGAAGGGGACUUUACCAUAAACAUGCGGCUCCUACAGGAUUACCCCAUCACAGAUGUCUGCCAGAUCCUACAGAAAGCCAAGGAACUCCAAGACUCAAAGUAGCCUGCUGGCAAGAGGCCCAGUUUGGGAGAGAAGACACUGACCCCUGUGCCCUGGCUUCUGGGACACACAAGAGCCUCUGGGAUCCCAGCCAGCCCGAGGGGAAGCUGCAGGACUGGCCCACUCCAGGCCACCUCAUCUGGCUCCCUCAUCCUAGGCCGCUCCCGCUGGGGGCACACUGUGCCAUGCUCCUUUCUAACCACCCAGCCCUGGCUCCCUCCCCGCUCUUCGACCCGGAGGCCUUUUGCCCAGGCUGCCGAGCAAGGCUGGAGCUCAUGAGGUAGUUUCUUGGGGCUGGGGGCACUGGGGGCCAGCAAGGGUCCUUCCCUGCCUCUGCUGCUCCCUUCCCCCUCUCCUGCUCGGGUCUUCUGGGCUCGGGUUGCAGGAGGUGCUUGGCAAAUGAGCCAGUACCACUUCUUCUGGGGCUUGGUGCUUAGGCUUCUCCAUGGGGAAGGUGACACUGUGAAGGAGCUAAGAAGCUGCCAGGCCCAGGUCACACCCUCUGUCCCUCUCCCACUGAGUGUGUUUCUGUCUGUAGUCAUGGGUGGGUGUGUCUGUGUGUCCUCAUCCCCCAGGUAUCUGCUGCUCCUCUGUGGGUGUCGGGCAGUGUGUGUGUGAGGGGGGUGGGGGCAUCUUUGCUCCUUUGAGGUCUUUCUUCUCUGUCCCCUUCCCCUCAGAGUGUGUGUGACUGUCUCGUUCUGUCUGCCCCUCUCUCCAUUUCCCUCUGCCCUUCUCUCUUGGGGUGCCUUAUCCCCAGCCUCUUCCCCCUCCUGCUCCCCUCCAUUCCAUGAACCCCAGAGACAGAAUGAGGAGUCCGGCGAAGUCCCUGGGGGUCAACUUUUGAGGCCUGUUCCCAUCCCCAGCCCUAGGUCCCCGGGUCCCACAGACUGGGAGGGAGGCCGUAGUGCCUCCCUAGAGGGCCCUGAAUCCGCUCCCGACAGAAAUCUUGGGAACAAAAGCUGCUGAGAAAUGAUGGCCUACAAGGCUUUGGGCUCCUUACCCUCCUUUCUGCCCAGGGUUGGAAGAAGGAGACGAGGGAGAGCUGAGUCUUCCAGAGAUUCCCCCUAAAGGCCCUUGUUUCCCAAAGGAAAAGGACAGGAAAGUGGUACUGUGCCAGGGGUUGGGAUCCAAGUGCUUCAGAAGAGUAGUCCUUCCCGUGGCUUCCAGGUUCCGGCCCAGGGUGGUGAGGCCCAUAAAGGGCAGGUGGGGCCAGCGGGAGCCUCCCUGGGCCAGGGGUAGCUGAGCUUAACAGCCCUGGAUCCUGUCGGUGCCAGAAAAGGCGUGUCUCCCCCAAGCAGGGUGAAGGAGCUGCUGGCCCUUCCCUGGUCACCUGCUUGGGCUCUUCCCAGGAUUUGGGGCAGGGGCACUCUGGGCGGAAGCAACUGGCUUCUCUUGCCACUGGGCUGUGCAAGGAGUGGGCUUAUUUUGACCAAGCCCUUCCUCCUCUUGUGAGGAGGCAGGUGGUUUGGGUCUGGAAGGCUGGGCAAUGUAGCAGGGGGUCCUCAGCCUCUCCUCAGACUGGCCAGCGGUGGCCCUCUUGUCCCCACCGCCUUCCCGAGUCAGGCAUCCAGGACUUUGUGCUGCCCGCCCAGGCCUGGCUGUGGGCCGGGAAGAGCUGCCCGCCAAUGGCUCCUAUCCCAGCUGUACCUUGGCUGCUGCUGGGAUGUUAUGCACAUUGCCUUUUUGCCUCCUCUUCUCCCAACACACAGUCUUUGGGAGAUUUUCUACUAUUUAUUCAGACCCCUGGUUAUUUAUUGCAGACUGGCUAAUGCUUGACUUGGAGGUGAAGGGUGGGGCCAGGAGGGUAAAAAGCAGUUGGAGACAGUCUUCCUGUCUUUGCAAGGUCAGAGUCUGCAUCCUCUCCCCCUGCCUCUGGGACCUUCCUGAUUUUCCAGCAGUUCCUGGCUGGGAGGGCUGUGAGCUCUGUACUGGAAUUGAGGGUAAGGGAUGGGGGAGGGCUGCUGUUGAGAGGGCUGGUAUCGUCUCUGGACCACAAGACCCCAGCAUGGCGCAGAGACACACUUCCAGCAGCCUGGCUCGGCCUCUUCCCAGAACUUGUCAGCUGGUGGUUCAUUCCCAACUUUGACCCCUUCACAGCCUGAGGCUUGGGCCCCAGCCUGGGCCCCAGCAGACUCUGCCCAGGACACCUGAUGCAUUCCCUCUUGCCUGUCCCCCCUGCCUUCCCUCCUGGGGCCGUACUACUUGAAUCACUGCGUCUGAUUCGCCUCAGUGGCAGGCUUAGAUCCAGUGCUCUCUCCUUGACUUUGGGAUGAGGGUCGAGCACAGGGACCCUGUGCAGAUUAGGCUGCGCUCCCCAGUGGGAUACUGCCUGGGGAAAGGGCAGGCCCUUGGUGAUUCCCCCUUCCCAGACUCUCCAGAGAGGUGCCCUGAGAGCCAGAGUGCCUGAGGCUUCCCUAUUGGGAAGCUGCCCCCAGGACUUUGGACACUUACAGAUUGGGCUAUAUGAACUCAGCAGGUCUCACUCCGGGGUCAGAAUGUGAGUCUGCUUUUGUUCUUUUCAUCAGUUUUAUUCCUUGAAUCAGUGCUGUUGAUUGAUGACAAGUUGUCUUUAAUAAAUCAUGUGUUCUUUGCAAUGG